CGGCGGUUAACUUCCAGUUAGAAACUGAGAUUUAUAAAGUUCAUCAGCUAUUACAUUAAUAUUUCAGCUAGAGGAAACUAAAGAGCAGCGUUACAACUUACAGUCCAAUUUAGUAUAAGGUGGAUGUUGUUAAUUCCUCCAUUCUCCUUUUCUAGAUAUAGAAGAUGGAAAGAAAAUAUUUGCCAGGUUUCGGUGUACUGGUGCCUCAUCCCCCCAGCAAACCUCCAGAGCCCAAGCCUCCAACUUUAAGUCACUGGUGCAAACUCCCUCCCAUCAGAAAAUGCACUGUGAAUGAGCAGAAGGGCAUAUACUCAGAUAUCAUCACUACAUCCAAGUUCCAGUCUCUUACAGCAGAACCUGGUAUCCGGCAGAGGUCACAGGGCCAAUCCACCAGUGAUCCCAACACAAUUAAAGUUACAACUUUCAAGACUCCAUCUGACCGUUGCAAGCUUGUUGAAAAGGACAAUCAUGGACCUACCUCACAGCAAUCACAUCCUUUUUACUUCUGCCGGGUUGUUAAUACAUCCAAGGUCCAGAUGCCCUUCCAAACUGUUGAAGGCCAGAUCCCCCGCAAGUUAGAGAUAGAAAGACGUCGAAGGAAAUAUUUGAAGUUUGACAUUGAACAGCUCCUGGCAGAAAAAGGCAUAUCCUCCAAUCUCCUAAUGGCAAGACAUCAGAGCAGUAGUGAUGUGAUUACGACUGACAAUCCUGUAUCACAGUACCUCCCCCUGGAGGUAUUUGACAAUGAGGAGUAUGACUGCCGGACUCCAGAAGACUGGCUUGCCCUUGGCAAUGCUGAACCUGAUCGAAAACCUAUUCCUGCAAAAGCCCUGCUGCCUACAGAUGACGAGAUGACAGAAAGCUCCUCUUUGGAGUACAGUUGGCGUUCAGUUGGGGUCCUUGACUACAGUAAGGAGAAAUGCCAGUAUCUGGUACAGAAAGUUUACCAAAACAGCAAACUGACAGAUGAAGAAGGAAAUCCAAUUCCACACAAAAAACACAAAAACAGCAAAUCUCCUGGAGUAAACGCCAUACUAUAUGGCACUAAGUUCUGGGUACCCAGGAUCAGAUUGGUUUUCAGUGCUGAGGACCCACGUAUCUUUGUGGAACGGAUCCAGUUUGCCCUGCGCUGGCGGGAGAACACAGAAGCUCUGCUUCUCUACCACUUGUCUGUGGACUGCACGCCGACCUGGAGGGGAACACCAUCUCUUGAUGCCCACAGUCUCCAGCGUAUCAAAACACACGCCCUUUCAGCCCCUGGGCUCAGGCUGAAAAUUCUGAAGACGUGUAUAGGAGAUCUGGAGAAGGAGGUCGAACUGGAAUAUGAGCGUACAAUGAACCGCAUGAGCUUUGACAAAGUAGUGAUGAGCCACACAGAGGAGUUUUCACACAUGACCCUGCCACAGAAGGAUCCUGAGUAUGUACCGCAAACAGGGUGCGUUCCAGUUCCUCCCUUUGCCUAUAAGAAGAACCAAGCUGCUUUUGCCUGCUGUUCCCUGUUAACAAAGCCAGAGGUGAUCUGUGUGUUAUCUGAAAUAUUGUCCGAGUGCAACAAAGUAGCAACCAUGAGGCUUUUCAACGUCUCCUCCGUCAAACCACUGCGACUGGACGAGUUUGAAGUCAUGCAGUCUCAAAUGCACACUCAGAUAAGCUUGUAUCUUAGGGAGACAUGGGUAGUCGCGCUGAGCAACAGUAUCCGUUCCAACCUGGGUGAUAUUGGUUCGGGAUCUUACAACGUGAACGAGUCUUGCUGGGACACGUACAAGUCUUCCAAGCUGUACAGACUGAUGGCUGUGGUGCGGAUAAACCUGGAGGACUCCCUGCGCUUCCUCGUGCAGGAUUCGCUAGCCAGCCUGAAUCAGCUGCUGUUAAACGCUUGCCACAGUGUGCUGACGUGUCCUCACGACCUGGCCUGGGGGAACGACCUCAUAACUAGCCCCUACAAGCCAGAAAAGAACCCUCUGUUCCUGUUGGACUUGGUUCUGGAUCAGACUGGGGUUCAUUACAGCACUACACUGGCGAAUAUUGAGACAUCUAUCAUCAACCUGUUUGAUAAGGCCAUUGUGGCCACGUACAACGUGCCACAGCUUGAGAAGUUUGUGAUGCAGAAGUUGUUCAUCGCUGACGAUCCGGUGAUCGAGUCAGUGAAGUUUUGGGAACCAGAAGUAAUUGAGCUGAGAGAGAAGGUCCGCAAUGCUCUGAUACAAGCAGCCAUACCUCUUAGGGCUUAUGCUGCUGAAUAUGAGAAACACUUAGAUUUACACAACUUGGACAUAGAAACCCUUCUCAAAUCUCACACACAUGCAGAACAGACAACCCAAGAAGUGAAGAAAGAGGUGGAACAACUUCUCGAAGAAAAGGAAAUGCUCGAGCGCUCUCUGCCAUCCUCCAUUGUCAUUGGUCCAUUUAUUGUGCGUGUUGAGGCUGUACGUCAGGCUCUCUGUAACAAAAAAAAGGCUUUAGCCAACGCAGUGCUGGACCACUUUGCUCAGAAGCUACGCAAGCAGGUUGAUGAUGCAUGUGAAGAGUGCAACACGAUUAGUAAUAAGCUACGUGACAACCCCAACAGCAUUGAGGAACUGACUGAAAAGAGGGACUGGAUGAAGCAAAUCCCAGAACAGCUCAAGAGUUACAAGACGGAAUUUACUGGCAAGAUCCAGUCAGACUAUGAGCUAAUAGAAGAACUUUGCUACUGUUUUUCAGAUGAGGAUGUUAGUAAAAAGUGGGAAGCUAUUGGUGGGCCUCAAAGGAUAAUCAGCCAGAUUGAAGCGGUAGCCGUCCAGCAUGUGGAGGAUGAGGAGCACUUCCAUAAGAUCCAGCUGGUCGACCAGAACAACCUUGAGGAGCAAAUAACCUCUCUAAAGAUGCUGGUUGCUGGGUUUGCGGGUCAUACAGACCCCGAUCAUGCCCAUGAGGUGGCCAACAAGAUGAGGCGUACAAACAAGCAACUAAAGGAGUGUCAGACAAUGGCUCAAACCUACAACACCAGAGAACGCCUGUUUGGUGUUCCUACCACUAAUUAUGAUCAGCUGCAGAAGCUGGUAAAGGAAUUACAGCCUUUUAAAGACCUAUGGACCACCACCUCUGAUUGGCUACGUUGGCAGGAGAGCUGGCUCAAUGACCCGCUGUCUUCCAUAGACCCUGAGCAGCUUGAGCGCAAUGUUACAGAUGCCCACAAGACCAUGCACAAAUGUAUUAAACAGUUCAAGGACAUUCCUGACUGCCAGCUGGUGGCGACUGUAAUCCGCAGCAAGAUCGAGGACUUCCAGCCUCAUAUUCCUCUGAUUCAGGGCAUGAGGAACCCGGGGAUGAAGACCCGCCACUGGGAGAUGCUUUCAGAACGCAUUGAGAUGAAUGUCAAGCCCAAAGCCAAACUGACCUUGACUCGCUGCCUGGAGCUUGGCCUACAGAACCACGUGGAUGACAUAGCUCAUGUGGCUGAGGUGGCUGGGAAAGAGUACACCAUUGAACAGGCCCUGGAAAAGAUGGAACAAGAGUGGUCGAGAGUAGUCUUUGACGUGUUGUCCUACAAGGAGACAGGCACCUACAUCUUGAAGAGCCCAGAUGAGGCGUUGCAGUUGCUGGACGACCACAUUGUCAUGACGCAGAGCAUAUCCUUCUCUCCCUUCAAAAAAACUUUUGAGGGCCGUAUUAGCAGCUGGGAGAGCAAGCUCCGAAUGACUCAAGAUGUGCUGGAGGAGUGGCUGACAUGCCAGCGUUCCUGGCUCUACUUGGAGCCCAUCUUCAGCUCUGAUGAUAUCAACCAGCAGCUGCCUGUGGAAGGAAAAAGAUACGAGCAAAUGGAUCAAACAUGGAGGACCAUCAUGAGAAGUGCCUUCAAUAAUCCAAAGAUGAUUGAGCUGUGUCCAGAUUCCAGUCUACUAGACAAACUGAAAAAGUGCAACGCACUGUUGGAGCAGGUGCAGAAGGGUCUCAGUGAAUACUUGGAGACAAAACGAGGCCGCUUCCCCAGGUUUUACUUCCUGUCAGACGAUGAGCUCUUGGAGAUUCUGUCCCAGACCAAAGAUCCUACUGCUGUACAACCGCACUUGCGCAAAUGCUUUGAGAACAUCGCACGGCUUCAAUUCCAGUCAGAUCUACAGAUCACACACAUGUACUCCGGAGAAGGGGAGGAGGUGAAGCUGUCCCUGCCAGUGUGGCCUACUGGAAAUGUGGAGGACUGGCUCAAGGAUGUCGAGAAAUCUAUGAAGGCCACGUUGAGGGAUAACAUUGACCGCUCACUCAAAGUCUACCCCGAGCAACCUCGUACAGAGUGGGUGCUAUCGUGGCCUGGUCAAGUGGUGAUAGCUGGCUGUCAGGUCUUCUGGACUGCUGAGGUGUCUGAGGCCUUGGAGCAGGGAGACUUGGCCAAACACCUUUAUCCCCAACUACAGACACAGUUAAGUGACUUAGUGCAGCUGGUGAGAGGACGUCUGUCUAACAUGCAACGAGCCGUGCUGUCUGCGCUUAUCGUCAUAGAGGUCCACGCUAAGGAUGUUGCGGCAAAACUGGUGGAGGAGGAGGUCUCAAGCAUCAAUGACUUUGAGUGGAUCAGCCAGCUCAGAUAUUACUGGACAAAAGAUGACUUGUACAUCCGCGCAGUGAAUGCAGAGUUUUUGUAUGGAUACGAGUACCUUGGUAACUCCGGACGUCUGGUCAUCACCCCGCUCACUGACAGAUGCUACCUGACUCUAACAGGAGCUCUGCACCUGAAGUUUGGAGGAGCUCCUGCAGGUCCAGCAGGGACAGGAAAGACGGAAACCACUAAAGAUCUUGGGAAGGCUCUGGCUAUCCAGACAGUUGUUUUCAACUGCUCUGAUCAGCUGGACUUCCUUGCUAUGGGCAAGUUUCUCAAAGGACUGGCCAGCUCUGGGGCCUGGGCAUGCUUUGAUGAGUUUAAUCGUAUUGAUGUGGAAGUGCUGUCUGUGGUGGCACAACAGAUCACCACGAUACAAAAGGCCCAACAGCAAAGGGCAGAGCGAUUUGUGUUUGAGGGAACAGAGAUCCCUCUUGUCCCAUCUUGCGCUGUAUUCAUCACUAUGAAUCCUGGUUAUGCUGGACGCACUGAGCUGCCCGACAAUCUCAAGGCGCUGUUUCGUCCUGUUGCCAUGAUGGUGCCUGACUAUGCUAUGAUUGCUGAGAUCUCCUUGUAUUCAUUUGGCUUCAGUGAUGCCAAAGUCCUUUCGAGGAAGAUCACCACCACUUUUAAGCUCUCCUCUGAACAGCUGAGCUCUCAGGAUCAUUAUGACUUUGGUAUGAGAGCUGUGAAGACUGUGAUCUCAGCUGCUGGAAACCUGAAGAGAGAAAAUCCCGACAUGAAUGAGGAGUUGAUCUGUCUGCGAGCCAUUCAAGACGUCAACGUGCCAAAGUUUUUACAGGAAGACCUGAAGCUCUUCCACGGUAUCGUAUCUGAUCUUUUCCCCAAGACAAAACAGGAGCCGAUAAACUAUGGCGCACUCGAAGAGUCCUUGCGUAACAUCUGCACCAAGAAGAACCUCAAAGAUGUGGAUGGGUAUAUUAGUAAGUGUAUUCAGCUGUAUGAGACCACUGUGGUGAGACAUGGGCUGAUGUUGGUGGGACCCUCUGGAUCAGGAAAAACCAAGUGUUAUGAGAUACUAGGUGCAGCAUUGACAGCUUUGAAGGGCCAGCCCUCUGUGAGUGGUGGUGUGUAUGAGGAAGUUCAGACGUAUGUCCUCAACCCCAAAUCUAUCACCAUGGGACAGCUCUACGGGGAGUAUGACUUACUCACACACGAGUGGACAGAUGGUAUCCUCUCAUCUGUUAUCCGUGGAGGUGCAGCAUCCAUGGACAAAGUGAAAAAGUGGUACAUGUUUGAUGGGCCAGUGGAUGCUGUAUGGAUUGAGAACAUGAACACUGUGCUGGAUGACAACAAAAAGCUGUGCCUUAGCUCUGGGGAAAUCAUCAAGCUCACUGAUGUGAUGACCAUGAUGUUUGAGGUGCAAGACUUGGCGGUGGCGUCUCCAGCCACAGUGUCUCGCUGCGGUAUGGUCUACCUGGAGCCCAGUAUUCUGGGCCUCGUCCCUUUUACAGAGUGUUGGCUGAAGCGGAUCCCUGAAGCCCUGAAACCGUUCACAGAGCAGCUCGACUCCCUGUUUGCCAGGUUCCUGCAGGACUCCAUCACAUUUGUCCGCACAUCAGUAAAGGAGGUCAUCACAUCUCUGGACAGCAACCUCACUUGUAGUCUGCUUAAACUUAUGGACUGCUUCUUCAAUCCUUUUGACAUUAGUGAGGACGAGAGGCCACCGCCCCAAAAGAAAUUGGACUGCCUGAAGGAGCUGAUUGAGCCCUGGUUCUUUUUCUCUCUGGUGUGGAGUGUCGGAGCCACGGGAGACGCAGACAGCUGUAAGCGCUUCAGUGCCUGGCUCAAGAACAAGAUGGCAGAGGAAAAGAUUCAGUUAUGCUUUCCAGAGGAGGCCCUGGUGUAUGACUACAGGCUCAAUGAUGCAGGGAUUAGUAACUUUGAGGAUGAGGAUGAAGAUGAGGAAAGAGAAGUCCAGUGGGUCAGCUGGAUGAAAGACUCAAAGAGUGUUGUAAUCACCUCAGAGACCAACUAUGCUGACAUCAUCGUUCCCACUGCUGACACAGUGAGAAUGUCUUUCCUCAUGGAUAUGCUGUUGACCAAUAAGAAACCGGUGCUCUGCAUUGGGCCGACUGGAACAGGAAAGACCCUGAUCAUGUCAGACAAGCUGCUGAAGAACAUGCCUGAUGAAUACAUCACACACUUCCUCAUGUUCUCGGCCCGCACCUCAGCCAACCAGACUCAAGAUUAUAUUGACAGUAAACUAGACAAAAGGCGGAAGGGUAUGUUUGGACCUCCAAUGGGGAAACACUUCAUCUUGUUCAUUGAUGACCUAAACAUGCCCAUGUUGGAGACCUAUGGUGCUCAGCCUCCUAUUGAACUGCUGAGGCAGUGGAUGGACCAUGGAGGCUGGUACGACAGGAAACAGAUAGGGACAUUCAAGCACAUAGUGGACAUCAAUUUUGCAUGUGCGAUGGGACCACCGGGUGGAGGCCGGAACCCCAUCACCCAGCGCUUCACACGCCACUUCAACUUCCUGUCCUUCACUGAAAUGGAAGAUGCCAGCAAGAAAAAGAUUUUCUCCACCAUUCUGGGCAGUUGGAUUGAUGGAAAUAUGAAUAUAAAGGAACCAGGCGGCCCGGUGUCAGCGAUCGAGCCGCUGAUUGAGCCUCUUGUAGACGCUACUAUCCGAGUCUACUCCACCAUUACCUCCCAGCUCCUCCCAACUCCAGCCAAGUCCCAUUACACCUUCAACCUCAGAGAUCUGUCCAAAGUCUUCCAGGGCAUCCUCAUGGCUGACUCUGGAAUGAUGGAGGACAAAUUGCAGCUGCUGCAGCUGUGGUACCACGAAAGCUGUCGGGUUUUCCAAGACCGCCUGGUGUGUGCUGAGGACAGGGACUGGUUCGACAACCUCCUGAAGGACUGCAUUCAGGAGUUUGACUGCAGCUUUGAAGAGGCUGUGCCCUGCCAACCUGUUUUGUUUGGAGAUUUCAUGAGUCCUGGAGUCCUCAAAAAAGUCUACACACUCAUAGAAGACAAGGAGAAGUUGGUGAAAGUGAUGGAGGAAUACAUGGAAGACUACAACCAGAUCAGCAACACCAAGAUGAAGCUGGUGCUCUUCAUGGAUGCCAUUAAGCAUGUGUGCCGUAUUAGUCGCAUCCUGCGCCAGCCUCUGGGCAACGCUCUGCUGCUGGGAGUGGGUGGGAGCGGACGUCAGUCACUCACUAAGCUGGCAUCAUAUAUGUCAGAAUACGAGUGUUUCCAGAUUGAGCUGUCGAAGAACUACGGCCAGACAGAGUGGAGAGAAGAUAUUAAAAGCAUCAUGCUGAAGGCCGGCCUUCAGAACGAGCAGAUCACCUUCCUGUUUGUUGACACACAGAUUAAGAGUGAGUCAUUCCUGGAGGAUAUCAACAACAUUUUGAACUCUGGGGAUGUUCCCAACCUGUAUGCAACAGACGAGCAGGAGCGCAUCCUGACAGCCAUGAAGCCAGUGGUGCUAGACCUGGGCCAGCAGCCAACUAAAGCCAACCUUAUGGCCGUCUACAUCAGGAGGGUCCGCAGCAACAUCCACACUGUACUCUGCAUGAGUCCUAUCGGUGAAGUGUUUCGUGCACGGCUGCGACAGUUUCCCUCACUGGUGACCUGUUGCACCAUAGACUGGUUCAGUGCCUGGCCAGAGGAGGCUCUGCUGGCUGUGGCCACAUCGUUUCUUAAUGAACUGCCUGAGCUAGAAGCCAACCCUACAGCCAUGAUGGGACUGACAUCGAUGUGUGUGAGGAUCCACCAGAUGGUAGCCAAGAAGUGUGAACAGUACCUGGCCGAGCUUUCUCGACACAACUAUGUCACACCCAAGAGCUACCUGGAACUGCUCAAAAUGUUCUCCAAUCUCAUUGGACGAAAAAAGCAAGAACUGUGUGGAGCUCGUCAGCGCAUGAAGACUGGCCUGGACAAGCUUCUUAGCACAGCGGAGGGUGUGAGUAAGAUGCAAGAGGAACUGGAGACGAUGAGGCCUCUUUUGGAGGAGGCCGCUAAGGACACUGAAGUCACUAUGGAGACCAUCAAAAAAGACACGGUGGUUGCAGAGGAGACCCGGAGGUCAGUGCAAGCAGAGGAAGCCAAAGCUUCAGAGAAAGCCCGUUUUGCUGGAGCCAUCGCAGCAGACGCCCAGAGAGACUUGGACGAGGCUCUGCCAGCCCUGGAUGCUGCCCUCGCCAGCCUCAAGUCACUCAACAAGAAUGAUGUCACUGAGGUGCGAGGCAUGCAGCGACCUCCCCAGGGGGUGAAACUGGUUAUUGAGGCGGUGUGCAUUAUGAAGGACAUCAAACCCAAAAGGGUGCCUGGAGUGAAGCCUGGCACCAAGGUCGACGACUACUGGGAACCUGGUAAGGGUCUGCUACAAGACCCUGGCAAGUUUCUGGAGAGCCUCUUCAAGUAUGAUAAGGAAAACAUCCCAGAUAGCGUCAUCAGUUUAGUCCAGCCCUACAUAGAUAAUGAGGAAUUCCAGCCGGCGUCCAUUGCCAAGGUUUCCAAAGCCUGUACCUCCAUUUGCCAGUGGGUGCGAGCCAUGCAUGUAUAUCACUUUGUGGCCAAGGGUGUGGCGCCUAAAAGGCAAGCUCUCCAGGAGGCCCAGGAGGACUUAGCGGGGACCCAGCGCAUCCUGGAUGAUGCCAAGGAACAACUGGCAGGGGUGGAGGGCGGCAUUGCCACUUUGCAGGCCACGUACCAGGACUGUCUGGCUAAGAAAGAGGAGCUGGACAGCAAGUAUCAACUGUGUGAGAGCCGCCUCGUCCGAGCAGACAAGCUUAUAGGAGGACUGGCAGAUGAGAAGGUGCGUUGGAAGGAAACCGUGCAACAUCUGGAAUACCUGGUCAAUAAUGUGGCCGGCGAUGUGCUUCUAUCUGCAGGAUACGUAGCAUACCUGGGACCCUUCACUGGAGAGUACAGGGCAGCCAUGGCAGAGGAGUGGCUGCAUUGUUUCAAAGAGCUAAAUGUUCCACACACUGACAAACCCAACCUGAUCGACACCCUCGGAGAUCGAGUCAAGAUCCGCUCCUGGCAGAUAUCAGGUUUGCCCAAGGAUAACCUCUCAGUGGAGAAUGGUGUGAUUACCCAGUACUCUCUGCGCUGGGCUUUAUUCAUUGAUCCUCAGGGACAAGCCAACAAGUGGAUCAAAAACAUGGAGCAGGACAAUGGAUUAGAGGUUAUGAAGCUAAGUGACCGGGACUUCCUCCGCAGUCUUGAGAACGCCAUCCGCUUCGGUAAACCCUGCCUCUUGGAGAACGUAGGAGAGGAGUUAGAUCCGGCUCUAGAACCUGUGUUGUUGCAACAGACAUUUAAGCAGCAAGGCAACACAAUGCUGAAGCUGGGGGAUUCAGUCAUCCCGUACCAUAAAGGCUUCAAGAUGUACAUCACCACCAAGCUGCCGAACCCACACUACUCUCCAGAGGUCUCCACCAAAGUCACCCUCAUUAACUUCACGCUGUCACCCAGUGGUCUAGAGGACCAGUUGCUCGGCCAGGUGGUGGCUGAGGAAUGUCCAGACCUGGAGGAGGCGAAGAACCAGCUGAUCAUCAGCAACGCCAAGAUGAAACAGGAGCUAAAAGAAAUUGAGGAUGAGAUCCUGUUCAGACUCAGCUCCACAGAAGGAAACCCUGUGGACAAUGAGGAGCUCAUCCAAGUGUUGGGGGCUUCCAAGGUCAAAGCUGGAGAGAUCAAGGCCAAAGUGAGGGCGGCAGAGAAGACAGAGCAGGACAUUGACGCCACCCGUCUGGAGUAUGUGCCGGUGGCUGUGCGCACACAGGUCCUCUUCUUCUGUGUGUCGGACCUGUCCAACGUCGACCCCAUGUACCAGUACUCACUAGAGUGGUUCCUUGGCAUCUUCAUGGCUGGCAUUGCCAACUCUGAGAGAGCAGACACAGUGGAGGAGAGAAUCGCCAACAUCAAUACAUUUUUCACCUUCAGCCUGUACAGCAACGUGUGCCGCAGCUUGUUUGAGAAGCACAAACUCAUGUUCGCCUUUCUCCUGUGCGCUCGCAUCAUGAUGAACGACAACAAAAUUGAUAUGGCUGAGUGGCGCUACCUGCUAUCUGGAGGGAUGCCCGUCCAGGAGCUGACCAACCCAGCAGUGAGUUGGCUGUCGGAGCGCGCCUGGCAGGACAUCCUGGGCCUCAGCGCUCUGGACAACUUCAGCAACCUGGCAGAGAGCUUCACUGAACAUCUGCAGGGUUUCAAGAGAAUUUUUGACAGCAACCAGCCUCACAGGGAGCCUCUCCCAGGAGAGUGGGACACAGAGCUGGACUCAUUCCAGAGGCUGUUGGUCCUGCGCUGUCUGAGGGCUGACUGUGUUGUUCAAGGCCUGCAGGACUUUGUCUCAGCUCAGCUGGGGCAACGCUUCAUAGAGCCUCAGACGUCAGACCUGUCCGUGGUCUUCAAGGAGUCGACCGGCUCCACUCCCCUCAUCUUUGUCCUGUCCCCUGGCACUGACCCCGCUGCAGACCUCUACAAGUUUGCCGAUGUCAUGCAGUUCUCCAAGAAAAUGAGUGCCAUCUCUCUGGGCCAGGGCCAGGGCCCCUGGGCUGAGACCCUGAUGCUCACUGCUAUGGAAAGAGGUCAGUGGGUCUUCUUCCAGAACUGUCACCUGGCGCCCAGCUGGAUGCCUUCCCUCGAGAGGCUCAUUGAAAACAUCGACCCAGUAAAGGUGCACAGGGACUUCCGUCUGUGGCUCACAAGUCUUCCCAGCAACAAGUUCCCAGUGUCCAUUCUCCAAAAUGGGUCCAAGAUGACCAUUGAGCCUCCCAAGGGAAUCAAGGCCAAUCUACAGAAAACCUACCUGAGGAUCACCAAUGAUUUUAUCACCUCUUCCACUAAGAAAACACAACUCAAGUCUUUGCUCCUGUCUCUGUGUCUCUUCCAUGGAAUUGCUCUGGAGCGAAGGAAGUUUGGCCCACUGGGCUUCAACAUUCCCUACGAAUUCACAGACGGAGACCUGAACAUCUGCAUCAGCCAACUCAAAAUGUUCCUGGACGAGUACCAGGACGUCCCGUACAAGGUGCUAAAAUACACUGCAGGAGAGAUUAAUUAUGGCGGCCGCGUGACGGAUGACUGGGACAGACGAUGUCUCCUCAGUGUGCUGGAGGAUCUCUACUGUCCCGCUGUGCUCAAAAACGAUCAUGUCUACUCUUCGUCUGGAGUCUACCGGCAGAUAGACACAAAGCAGGAUAUCAAGGGUUACUUGGCAUACAUCCGUGGUUUGCCCAUCAAUGAUACACCUGAGAUCUUUGGUCUCCAUGACAACGCCAACAUCAGCUUCGCCCAGAAUGAGACCUUCGCCCUGUUGGGAGCCGUGGUUCGUCUCCAGCCUCGAGCUGCAUCUGCUGGGGGCAAAACUCUGGAGGAGAUAGUGGAGGAGAUAGUGGCAGGCAUCGUUGAAAAGAUUCCUCAGCCUUUCAGUGUUCAGGAGGUGAUGGAGAAGUACCCGGUCCUCUACGAAGAGUCCAUGAACACAGUGCUCAUCCAGGAGGUCAUCAGAUAUAACAAGCUGCUGGCAGUCAUCUCUCAGAGUCUCGGUGAUAUCGUGAAGGCUCUGAAGGGUUUAGUGGUGAUGUCAUCAAAACUGGAGCUCAUGGCCAACAGCCUCUUCAACAACGCGGUGCCUGAUAUGUGGAAAGCCAUGGCUUACCCGUCUCUGAAGCCUCUGGCCUCCUGGGUGUCUGACCUGCUUCAGCGGAUCAAUUUCCUGCAGAGAUGGAUCUAUAACGGCAUUCCACCUGUUUUCUGGAUUAGCGGCUUCUUUUUCCCCCAGGCUUUUCUCACCGGAACCCUCCAGAACUAUGCCCGUCGCUCCGGCACAUCCAUCGACACAAUAGGAUUUGACUUUGAGGUAAUAGUGAAGUCAGCGUCAGAGAUAACAGAGAAACCACACACUGGUUGCUGCAUCCACGGUCUGUUCCUUGAGGGCGCUCGCUGGGAUAACGAGGCAGGUCAACUCACCGAGGCCAGGCCCAAGGAGCUCCACACAGACAUGGCCGUCAUUUGGCUGAUCCCCAAACCCAACCGCAAACCUCCGACAUCUGGGGUCUACAUCUGCCCCAUCUACAAGACCCUCACACGUGCUGGGACUUUGUCUACAACCGGUCACUCCACCAACUAUGUGAUGUCGGUGGAGCUGCCUACAGAUCAAAGUCAGAGACACUGGAUCAAACGGGGAGUCGCCCUCAUCUGUUCACUGGAUUACUAAACACACACAUACACACAAACACUUUCAUACACUUGUCUUUACUCUAUCUUUGUUUAACAGCCUACAACGGUGAUGAUUGCAGUUGUGGUCGCUGAGACGGAAUCAAAUCAAACAGACAUUUUGUCACUAAAAAUGAGCUCACUGAAACUCUCUGUGUAAAUAAACUGUUUUUCACAAUGCCA